AAGAAAAGUAGCAUUUGUUUCAUAUCUUUGUACAAUCACACAAUGAGCGGCAGGGGCAAAACCGGCGGCAAAGCUCGCGCUAAGGCCAAGACUCGUUCUUCCAGGGCUGGCUUACAGUUCCCUGUCGGCCGUGUCCACAGGCUGCUCCGUAAAGGUAACUAUGCUCAGCGAGUUGGUGCUGGAGCUCCAGUCUAUUUGGCUGCUGUGCUCGAGUAUCUCACUGCUGAAAUCCUGGAGUUGGCUGGUAACGCUGCCCGCGACAACAAGAAGACGCGCAUCAUUCCUCGCCACCUGCAGCUUGCCGUUCGUAACGACGAAGAGUUGAACAAACUGCUGGGCGGUGUGACUAUCGCUCAGGGCGGCGUGCUGCCCAACAUCCAGGCUGUGCUGCUGCCCAAGAAGACUGAGAAGCCGGCUAAGACCAAGUAAACUGGUUGAAUUGCAUUGAUCACCAAAAGGCUCUUUUAAGAGCCACUCAUUUCUUUUUCAAAAGGGCUAAAAUCAAGAUAUGAAAAACGUUAUUUUGGUCCACUGCUUUUUAUCAAUUGUUCUCGACUUAUUAAUAAGACUUGUUGCAAAAUAUUAGGGCUACUGCAGUUACAAAGAGUUUAAAAUCGGUACAUUUUUUUGGAUUUUUAAAAAUUGGUCGAGAUCUAAGUUAUUGUCAUAAAACUGCGUUAACCACCGUCUCACUUUGCUCAAAGCCAUUGUGGACGAGUAUUGCUGAUAAAACGGAACAGAACUGCGAACGAGUUGGGUUAGAAAUUACUGCAACUCGCGCAAAUAUUGAAUGAUUAAAGUAAGUGUGGGGUUGCUUUUCAUGCUUCUGAUAGUAUGGACGUGAAAACGAUAUAAAAUUUCGUUCAGGAUGGGCUUAAAUGCCCUAUAUACGUCUCAAUGUGUGUGUGUGUGUACGUGUACGCACCAUUCUGCCCCGUAAAUAAUAUUUCAAAACACAUUUUGCUGAUAUGCAAUGAAGUAGUAAUCUGGAGCUUUCAUCUAGAUUUCAUGUUUUACUGCCCUGAUUACUAAGAACUUCAUAAUUUCCUUAGUUACGCUUGAAAAAGAUGGGAGUCGUAUUUGACUUCGGGCGCCAAAGCACAUCAUCCAAUAAGAGGAAGAACGAAGACGCCACUCUACCAAUGGAGGCGUGGAAAAAAAUCAACCAAUCAAAGCAGGUUAGUACUGCUUUAUAAGUUUGUGUUAUCCCGAAUAUACUUGCAGUUCUAUUUGAGAAAUAGAAAGAAGUCGUAAGCAUGGCAAGAACCAA